AUGGCUUCACAAGUGAAUGCGAAUGCACUGAGCUUUUCCUCCCUUGAACCACUUAAUGGAGGGAAUUACAAAAAGUGGAGACAGGAUGUAGAGACUGUGCUUGGCUUAAUGGACUAUGACCUUACACUGAGGAAGGAUGAACCACCUACUGUGACAACGAACAGCACUGCAGAGCAAAGAUUGAAGUAUGAGAAAUGGGAGAAGUCAAAUCGAAUGGCUCUCAUGGUCAUGAAAAGGUCCAUCAGUGAGGCUGUGAGAGGUGGCAUACCGUCAUGUGACAAAGCUAAGGCUUUCCUUGAGGCUGUUAGAGCAAAAUUCAAGAUGUCCGAGAAAGAAGAGAUGGCGAACCUGAUGACCACACUGACUUCUCAGAAGUUCGAUGGCAAAACGAGUGUCCGGGAGCAUAUACUGAAAAUGGUAGAGGCUGCCGCCAAGCUCAAGGAUCUGGAGGUGCCAAUUGAUGAUUCCUUUGUUGUUCACAUGGCUCUUUCAUCCCUUCCUGAGUCAUUUGAACAACUUAAGGUGUUGUACAAUACUUAA